AUGGCAUCGAGCUCAAGAGCCGGCAGAAAAGCACCCUCGCGCGAUCUAGAAGAUGAUGACGCUGCUACAAAAGAAUACAUUGCGUGGAUCUGGGAAACUACCGGGGUUCAUCCUAGCCGCCGCAGGCACAUUGAUCAAGACCAAUUCGACAACCCCCUUUCUUCCGAGCCAACCGUCGCGCAGCGAGCUGCAUUUCUUCUUGAUCGAGUUGCCAACUACAUGGCAUACUUCUCUGGCACUUCAGAAUCCAUUUGGAGUGAAUUUCGUCUGGACUUUGAUGGAUGGUUAGAAGAAGACUUUACACCAUUGGCUAGUCCUACACUACGUUCCAUCACCUUGUCUAAACUAAAAGAUGUUCUCGUACGUCAUGGCGUUUAUUGUGGUGUCCGAAACGCAAAAUACGCAGCUGUUUUUGCAAACAUGGUCAAAUGUGAUCAGCUUCCCCUAUGGCCUAUCACUGAACUUAGCCAGAGCUGGCACUUUUUCACAGAUAAUGCACAAGGUGAGCUUCAUGCUCGAUACCCGACAGUCAAGUCUGAAGUAAUUGAAACCCCACAUAUCAACACACUUCGUUCCGCCGAACCUCCCAAGUCUACCUUCCCCAACACUAGAGCGCCCUUAAAGAAUAAUGGCGACAUUGCAAUCCAAACCCAUCAUGACGACGACGAUGAUAUUUUACGAACUCCUACUAACACACGUACCGCCCCAAUCCCACAGGGGGAACCUCAAUAUCCCCCAUGUUCACAGCGUAUCCAAAGGCCAUCGCAUUAUCUCAGUGUUGAUCCGUCGUUUGUUGAUCAAGUUCCUAUUGCUUGUCACCUACUAGAUCCGCUUAACCCUAACCAUCUGGUCAUUCCAGAGGACAAUAAUGAGCCACUGGAUUCUCGGAAGAUUGAGACAUUUAGCAAAAUCUGGAAUAAGGAAUACAACUUCACGGGCGCAGCUUACAACAUUUUAGACGACACUGUGCGCCAGUUUCAACUCACUUGUUCCCAAAUUGACAUAGCUCCAUCGCAACUGCAUGCUAUAUUUCGAAUGACGUUAUCGGGUGCGGCGCAGAAAUGGUCGUUGUAUUCCCUUAGCAAUUCUGCCAAGUUUUGCGAUAUGUACCUGAUACUGAAAAGUCAUUUUGAUACAAGCAUUAUCACUCUCGCUACCACAAUGACUGGACUUCAAUCACUUUUCAGUCGGCUAGGAAUGACAAAGAAGGUUUGCAAAAAGAUCUUCCUGGUGUCUUGGACUUCUUGCUCAAUCGUUUGGAACUUUGUCAACGGGCUCUAG